AUGACCCGACCACCGUCCCCAUCCCCGCCCUCGGCUCACCCGCCACCCCGCACCCUCCUAACCUAUAACGACACUGGCCCGAGCAACUCCGCGCAGUACCUCUACGGCUUCACGAUCACCUUCAUCGCGCUCUUCGUCGCCUUCGCGAUGUGCGCGUACUCCUCACGCCGCGGGCGCUGGCGCCGCGACAUGCGAGUUAUGCACUGGACGGACCCUGUUCCCCUCCCUUCCGCUGACGAAGGAGCAGGGGGAACGGAACAGGAAAGAGAAUGCGAAAGGCCGGUGUACGCAGAGGUGUGGAUCCGCGGGAGGGAUGGAACGUGGGGCUGGGCGGACGUCAAGCCGCUCUCCGCGACCCUCCGUACCCCCUCCCCACCCCCGCUCGACCCCGUCGCCGCCCGCGUGCGCCGGCUGAACCCCUACCUCAGGCCCCCGUCCGAGGACCCAGACCGCCCGCGCGCGGCGCAGGUGUCGCUGCUGCUCAGCAUGCCCUGUCCCCGGGAGGGGCAUAUGAAGGGCAUCGGGGACGUGGUGCUCGGCGUGGCACGCGUCGGGCUGCCCGGAGGGUAG